AUGCUCUGUGGCGGAGUGGUUAAGACUUCUGACACAGCAUUUGCAGUAACCGUGAUCGAAUGUAAAGAAUCCCCUAUGCAUCAAACGCAACACACCUGGCCGUAUUUAGACGAAACCAAACUGGACUACUGUCUCGGGACUGCCACGGACAAGGGAUUCCAAAAUAGAAAAAAAAAUCCAGCUGCCUUGCGACUUAAACGCAAUCUUCAUAGGAGAGUUAAUCACAAUUUUCGUAUUAGUAGGCUGACCAUUUUUCAAAAUGCGGACAAUCUUAAAAUGAUGGCAAAUCUAAAAAUGGCGGAAAAUCUCAAAAUGGCGGGCAACCUCAAAAUGGCAGACGAACUCAAAAUGGCGGCAUUCUUAAAUGGCAGACGAUUACGUCAUCGCGGAUACUCUAAAAAGAAGACCAUCCCUAAAUUUGGAGGAUGA